AUGGCUAUUCGCGAGGACCUGGUCGCGUCGGCGGCGAAGUUCCUACAAGACCCCAGCGUUGCCUCAUCUCCGGUCGAAAAGAAAGUUGCUUUCCUCCAAGCUAAAAAUCUCACUCAAGAAGAGAUCACUGCCGCGCUCGCACGAGUAGGCCGUCAGGCCACGCCCGCGCCGGCGUACACCAGCCAGCCCCAGACAACGUCUGAUGUUGCGCAGCCAUCGCAGUACUAUGGGCAAUAUCCACCUCAGUAUCCGCCUUAUGGGUGGCAGCAACCGCCGCCUCAGCCGGUUCCGCGGCGGGAUUGGAGGGACUGGUUCAUCAUGGCGACGGUAGUCAGCGGGGUGUCGUAUGGGCUUUACAGCCUAGGGAAGCGCUACGUUUACCCGUUAAUUGCGCCACCAACACCAGAGCGGCUCGAGCAGGAUAAGAAGUCCAUCGACGAGCAGUUUGAAAAGACUUUUGCCCUUGUUGAGCAGCUCGCCAAGGACACCGAGACUCUCAAGACGGCAGAGAAGGAACGUACCGAGAGGUUAGACACGGCGCUUAACGAGCUCGAGACGGUCAUCAACGACCUCAAGUCAGCGAAUAGGCGACGCGAUGACGAGGCGCAGCGUGUACGGGACGACGUGCAGAAUCUCAAGGACGCCAUCCCGCGGGCACUCAAUAACCAGAAGGAUCUGACCGACACCCGGCUUCGGGAAGUCAAUGCAGAGCUUAAGAGCCUCAAGACACUUAUCACCCAGCGCAUGAACCCAACGGCAACGUCGACCAGCGUCAGCAACUACCUGCGCCCGGCGGCUAGCGGAAACGCCAUGCCGAGCAGCCCGGCCGCGACUACCCCGGCGCCGGCAGAGAGCGCAAGCGCCGAGACCAAGGAGGAGCCGAAGCCGGCGCAGGACUACCUCUCGAGCGCCAACCGCAGCUCGCCAUUCAGCAGCGGGAUGCAGGCCAGGGCAUCGAUUCCGGCGUGGCAGAUGAUGGCAUCGAAAAGCGCCGAGUCGUCCAGCUCGCCGGCCGCGAAUGGCACGGCUGCUGCGAGUAGCAAUGAGACAGCAGAGGCUUCCGGCAGCGCUUGA